UACCUCUACGGAAGCUUCUCAAUGCCAUUCGGCACAUUGCUCAGUGGCUGGCUCAUCGGCAACUCAUCAAGAUCUGCCUCGUCUUGGUGGCGCUGCUGGUCUUCUUCUUUUUUAAGGUCCUCCCGCUGUUGCAGGACUCGGAGGUGGUGUACGUGCUGCACCCGGGGUUCCCUCUGAUAGUUACUUCAGAGAAAAGCUAUCCCAGCAUCCUCGAGAAUGACGUUAGCGGAGAACUUCCCAUCCAGCUGCAACAGGAUGUGGCAACCAGGUAAGGGCAGAUGCUAUGGAGUAAUUCUGCUUGUUUCAAAAUGAGGUUAUCUGUCGUUUCUUGAUUAAAUUGAUAUUUGAGACACGUGUAGCUCUACCUACUUUUAAUUUUUUUUGGGGGCAUAAUUUUUGCCAAUUAAAAAAAAACAGCCCAUUAUUAUUAAUUUAUUUUCUGUGUGGGGAGGGGGGGACUGGACAGGCUUUAAAAAGCCCCUCCCCCCACCAAAAAUAUAAAUAGAUAAAAAUAUAUUCCUAUUUCAGGUGCACAUAUCAUUAAAGCAUUCUACAGAAGCAAUAGAAUCAUUAAAAAUUUUAUGAUUUUGAUAAGAUAAAUAAAUAAAAUUGUAUCUCAUCCUUAGGAUGAUCCUAUAGUUUAUGAUACGUUGGUAAGGAAUGAGGACCUUUUAUAUACCAGAUAGUGAUCAUUAUAAUUUAAUGUAUCCAAUAAAUUGCAUUACUAAUUUGAUUGAAUAAAAAUGUCUUAUAUUUUAUUGUUGGCCGAUAGAUUGGUGUAUUUAGAUAGUAGUAUUACAUUCAAGUUGUAAACGGAAUAAAGGCAGCUGCCCUCAUCAGCGGGCGCCCCCCCCCCCGCCUUCCCGCCCCCCAGCAAUCAAGUUUUUGUUUGGAACAAACCUUGGUUUACAAUAAUUUAAAGCAACGAAAAAUUUCAAAUUUAAGAAUGGAUGAACCUUAUCAGUCCCAGAGAGAACCAUGAGCCACUUUUGUCAGUAAAUUAACAAACUGUAAAUCUCAUUGCUCUGAUGGCUUUUGACAUGUCUCUGCUGUCUUGUAGCUUGAUCAGACCUACAACUACACCUUUGGUUUAAAUAAAUCUGCAACUUAAAAGGUUGGUUCAAAUAAAGCAGAAACAGUACCCUAGGUAACUUGAGCGUGUCCGCUCAUAGGCUACUGGCAGGGGUAUGGGCAGACUCACGUCGUUCUUGAAGAUAGCAGUGGUGUUUCUGUGGGGGCCACCCCUCGCGAUGCUCUUAAGGGUCUAUACAUACAUAGAUAGAUAGGCCCAACAUUAUAUUUAUUGUUGUGCUAGUGGGGUGGGAGGACAUUCUUUUGUGAGUUUGCCAUGAGCAGCAUUUAGACAAGAUAGGCAAAUGGGUGAUAGCACUCUCUUUGUGAUGGAAACAAAAAAAAGAAUGUUGCAUACACAUUGUAUGUUUACUGGGCAUUACAACUUUCUCAAAAUAAUUAAUCUAUUUGUUGCUGAUGUUUCUUUUGUGAAUUUCUGCUGCAUAGCACAUGGCAUGGGCAAUUUGACUGGGCGGGAAUUUCUGCAUAGCACAUGGCAUGGGCAACUUGACUGGGCGGGAAUUUCUGCAUAGCACAUGGCAUGGGCAACUUGACUGGGCGGGAAUUUCUGCAUAGCACAUGGCAUGGGCAACUUGACUGGGUGGGAAUUUCUGCAUAGCACAUGGCAUGGGCAACUUGAAUGGGUGGGAAUUUCUGCAUAGCACAUGGCAUGGGAAACUUGACUGGGUGGGAAUUUCUGCAUAGCACAUGACAUGGACAACUUGAAUGGGCGGGAAUUUCUGCAUAGCACAUGGCAUGGGCAACUUGACUGGGUGGGAAUUUCUGCAUAGCACAUGGCAUGGGCAACUUGAAUGGGCGGGAAUUUCUGCAUAGUACAUGGCAUGGGCAACUUGACUUGGGAAUUGCUGCAUAGCACAUGGCAUGGGCAACUUGACUUGUUGGGAAUUGCUGCAUAGCACAUGGCAUGGGCAAUUUGACUGGGCGGGAAUUUCUGCAUAGCACAUGGCAUGGGCAACUUGACUUGUUGGGAAUUGCUACAUGGCACAUGGCAUGGGCAACUUGACUGGGUGGGAAUUGCUGCAUAGCACAUGUCAUGGGCAAAUUGACUGGGUGGAAAUUGCUGCAUAGCACAUGGCAUGUGCAACUUGACUGGGUGGAAAUUGCUGCAUAGCACAUGACAUGGGAAACUUGACUAGGCGGGAAUCAAGUUUUAAAACGAUUGUUGCCACUGCUCUGACAUAAGCUCUAUAGUAAUUUGGAGGAAACUUAGUGGUGAUGAAAACUCAAUAGAUCAUGUCGUGACAUCAUAUCCCCUUACAUUACAUCCCCUUGCAUCACAUCCCCUUACAUCACAUCCCCUUACAUCACAUCUCCUUACAUCACAUUCCCUAACUGCAAGAUGACUAGGUCUUUUAUCAUCUUGCAGGUUUAGGCACCAUAUGGAGAGCAAAGAGCAAGGCCCUGUAAUAAAACUGCUCAGUCUUAACUCAAGAGAGCCUAGCUGUUUGGCCAUGAUCAAAGGUGACGAGCGGGAAAUUUCAUACUCCUUACAGGUAAGCUGGCCACCACUUUUUAAUUUUGGACUUUAAAUAAAAAAAGUUGUUUUUUUUUUCUCUUCAAAGUAGGACACCGGUUUCUUUUGCAUGGCGUCUGGAGUCAUACUAGAGCCCUAUGAAAAUACAGUGGGUUUUUCUUGUUAAAUUCCUAACAUUGAUAUUAUUAUUAUUUUUUUUUAAUGUACUUUCCACUUGUCUCUCCAGUACAUGGAGCACAGUUACAAGACAAAGAGAUUGCCAUUGGCUGAUUAUGCCAAAGCAACAGAGGAUUGUCAAUCAUUCAUCAAGCAAAGAGGAUACAUCACACAUGCCAUCCAGGAGGAGAAGGAUUUUCCUAUAGCAUACAGGUAAGUCCAUGAAUAGGAUACUUUAACAGGAAUAUACCAAAAAAAAAAAAAAAAAACUGGUAAAUAAUACGGAGCUACUAUAAAAGUGAUUUUAAUAUUUAAAAUGAAAGUUAUUUUUAUGUUUAUUUGAUACUUUUCUUCUCAAACCAAAAAAAAAAAAAUGAAAUAAUAAUCUAAAAAGUAGGACUACACCAUGAACCCUACUAGUGGCCAUCACCCCAUUAUAAUUGUCUAAAAUACACUGGUUGAACUUUAACUUUAACUAAGUCUUAUCAGAUGGACCAUGUCCCAGAAAUUUGAAAACAUUUACUUAAUCUGGAAAUUACAUUUUUAACAAUGAGAUCUUUUUUGUCAAGUCUUUACAUAUAUUAAUGUGAUAAAGUUAAUAUUAAAAUUCUAAAAUGUAUUUGAAGCUGUAUGUAAAAAAAAAAACCUCCUUUUUACUAUUCUUACUUCAGUAUUAUGAUGUACCGUGAUGCCGAUCAGGCUGAAAGACUGCUUCGGGCAAUCUACCGUCCAUCCAACUACUACUGCAUCCACGUGGAUGCCAAAGCCGAUAAGGAUAUUCAGGAUGCAAUGAAAGGAAUCGCUGGGUGUUUCCCCAAUGUUUUCCUUGCCUCAAAACAGAAUGUAGUGGACUGGGCACAGUUCAAGUAAGUCAUUGUACUCUCCACGUUUACUUUUUAAUUUCAGUUUCAUUCUUGAAAUCUAUAAUUUAACACAUAACCCCAUUUGUUUUCUUUUAUUCACUCUCUGUUUGAAGUCAAUAACUUUGCUCCUGAAAAUUAUUUUAAUUUUUUCUCUAAGCCAUUUUUAGGAAAGAAAAACAAUUCUUAUUUUUAAAGUGUCUGAUUAUCAAAAUACACAAUUCUCUAUGUAACAAUGUCACUAAUGGCUACCAGGUGGCACUAAUUUACUAAAUAAAAAUUCAGAAAACUGCACUAGACUUGUUUGUUAAAAAUACCCCAAAUGAGUUUGGUGCCUAAUUACUUUUUUUUGUUGUUGUAAGGAAGUAGUUGAUGUAGUACAUUUGAUGUUUAAACUGGGGUGGGGCAUUAGAAUAUUUAUAUAGUUCUGGGGCGGUGGUGUACCUGUGGCAGAGAGCACUAAUUUGGAAUCUUGUAAAGUGGGUUACUUGAAUGCACAUUUUGUCAAGUAGCUUUAGUAGAUGGAGUUUUCAGGCAUUGCGGCCACCCAUUUUUUUUUUUUUUUGGCAGGCUGCAACAGCUGGUAACAUAACAUUGAAUAAAUAUUCAUAAAAAUAGCUCUUUUUUGUUUGGUUUAUUGGUUGACCCUCAUAGAACAAGUACUAAUUUGGAAUCUUGUAAAGUGGGUUACUUGAAUGCACAUUUUGUCAAGUAGCUUUAGUAGAUGGAGUUUUCAGGCAUUGCGGCCACCCAUUUUUUUUUUUUUUUUGGCAGGCUGCAACAGCUGGUAACAUAACAUUGAAUAAAUCUUCAUAAAAAUGGCUCUUGUAUGUUUGGUUUAUUGGUUGACCCUCAGAGAACAAGCGAAUCAUGUGCAGUUUAUAGACAGCUUUUGAAUAGCUAUUUGAUUUGUCAAACUUGGCCCAUUAACAAGAAAAUGCCAGCCUUUUGUAUAAUAAUUUGGGAAUUAUUUACCACACAUGGCUUAAUUGUAGGCUAACGCACAGUGGUUAGAUGGCAGAUGGUAGUUAUUACAAGAUAUGGCGCUAUCUUUUCAUCUCUUAGAAAUAAGCAGGUAGAUCUAAAUCGAGGAUACACAUUUUUUUUUUAGACAAAAUAAAUUUCAGGAACGAGUUUCAGUUCUGUAGCCUUCUGGGAAAGAAAAAAAAAAAGAAAGACAUAAGAAGUUAAUUAUGGGGAACACCACUAAACCAUACAUCACAGGCAUAUCACCUAGGUUAAGUUUACCAAAACAUACAAAAUACACAGGCAUCUUACCUAGGUAAAGUUAACAGAAAGUUUUUUUUUAAAAAAAAGGGAAAAGAAACAAUGUUAAAACUGAAACUUGAUUAAAAAAGAAAACAACCACACACACUUGUCAUUGUAAUAAAUAUCAUUUCGAGCAUUGUUACUUUUGACAAGAUGAUUAUUUCUGUGCUCUUUGUCCCAUUCCUUCAGCUCCCUAGAGCCCUGGCUCUACUGCAUGAGGGACUUGUGGAAGUUCUCCUGGAAAUACUUUAUCAACCUCACUGGUCAAGAGUUCCCACUUAAGACCAAUCUGCAAAUUGUUAAAAUUCUCAAGGCCCUGAAUGGAUCCAACGUCGUUGACACCACGACCUAUGGGUAGGGAGAUGAUCUUUGUGUGUUUGGUUUGAGCAUUCUUUCAGUGUCAUCAAAGUCUCAGAGAGAGUGCACAGACUGCCGUAUUCAAACUUUUGAUUGUUUAUAAUUCAAAUAAUAUAAUGCUAUUAUUUUGUACUCCCAUUUUAAGUCACUUGACAUCUGUUGUUAGAAGUCAAUGAAUUUUGUUGACGUUUCAUGCCCACAAUUUACUAAACUGCAACUCUAAUCAUCCAGCCACUAUGCCAGACGGUGGUAUGAAAAUUUCCCCCCGCCAAACAACAUCCAACCUUACAAGGGUCUAGUUUUCAUGCUUGCCAGCCGUGGGUACGUGGAUUACAUCUUGCAUGAGCCAGUGGCCCAAGACCUACUGGAGUGGGUGCGUCACACAGAUUUCCCCGAUGAGAGUUUUUUCUCCACACUCAACCACAACCCACACCUGAAAGUGCCGGGAUCCUACAGAGGUAGAAUAAGUUUGCCGCCUCUCACUCACAAAACUGAAUUAGCUGCCACUGUCGCCAUCUCAUAGUGGAGAAAUUUUUUCUUUAGUCUAUGUAAAUCAAAUCUUGGUGAAGUUUAGUUUUUAGUUAAAAUUAUUUUGCCAGACAAGUAUAUAAAAUUUAAGUUAGCUUUAUACUUUAUCCAAAGCUGACCAAGCCAUAAGCAAGUGACAGCUGGUUCUCAUACUCGAAUGGAGAGAGAAAUGAUUUUUUUUAUAGUUGUGUACGAUUCAAGGCUGCAAAAAAUGAUCUAAAUUUGCAAUGUGGGAAUUUGAAAUUUCAGGUAACCCAGAGACGAAUGCUGACAGCAAGCCCUACAUUGCAAGAUUUGUCAACUGGGGUGUCGGAUGGCUUGACAGUCAAGGAAGGUAAUCACAUUUUUAAAAAAAAUAAUUUAUCAACAGUUUUUCCCCAUCAAGCUUACUAGAUACUGACUAAAAGAAGUUUUCAACUUCUGAUAAUGCAAUAAGGUUGAUCUACUUAAAGUAAUGAGCGUUUGUCUUCACUGCAGGUACCCCUUCUCAUGGCCUUGUGGGGGAAAGCGGGUCAGGCGGGUGUGCAUAUUUGGAGUCAAAGAUCUGGAGCGCCUCGUUGAUCGCCGCGAGCUUUUCGCAAACAAACUCAUAGCAGACUUUGAGCCGCUGGCCUUGGACUGCCUCGAG